AAGGAUUCAUUUGAAUAUCGAUUUUGAAAUUCAAUCGGUGAAUAUGUGACCACGACCCAGAUUCUGAAGCAACACCUUUGACUCCUCUCUGCAACGUAAAAUUGUACUUCGAUCGUCGUAAAAAGAUUGAACAAAAAAGAAAUUGGAAAAAAUAGUUUUAUCUGAAUGCAGGUGUCGACGUGUCGCGAUUCGAGUUGCAGUGGCCCAGAUUGAGUGGAAACGGCUCGAGCGUGACGAGAGGUUUAUAGGGUUUUUUAACGAUCUUGUUAGAUGAGUGAUCGAAGUGGAAGUGGGGGAUUAAUGAUAGGAUCGUUGAACAUUAAUAUUCACGAGGCCCUCACAGCAGUGAAAAACACCCCUCAAUGGGCCUCAUUCUCCAAAUCCACAAAACAUUUGUUAUUAUCAAAAACAUCUAAUGGAAUUCAAGACUCAGCGAGGACCUUUUAUGAAGAUCCUUGGGAGGGUGGACGCCAUUUUGAAUGGUUCAGUCACCAUAAGGCCCCGAGGCACAUCCGGGGGUUGAAGGAUGGAAUUUUCCAAGGUCUCCUUCACUUUCUCACCCUUUACGUUCAACAUCUCACUGAUAACAUACAAAAUAAAGAAGUGAAAGUUGGAGGUGUCUUUACAUUCCUGGAUGACUUUACCACGACGAAUAUCACUCAGUGUCGUGUCAAACACGAUUACGCAGUUUACAAUCUUCACCCAGAAUCACAACAACCGCGGAUACGCCAUCUCGAAGGCAAUAAUUGCUCAUUCCAGCUGACCGAUAUUGGAAUUCAAGAUGAUGGCAAGUGGGAACUCUGGACGUAUGACUCAGGUCAAGAGUAUCCAUCGGGCACUCAUAAUGUGACCGAAUAUUAUCUGAAAGUGGUGGAGCUCGAAGAACCUGAUCAAUCUUCAGCUGAAAAAAUAUCCCCUGCUGAACAUCCAACAGUACCUUCAACGGAAACCAUUAGUACAUCGACAAUAAAAUUGACAACUGCACCAACGACGACAUUGAGCUCUACAGGAACAACAAAGUCAACUUUCGUAUGGCAACCAGUAACAUCUCCAACGAUAGAAGUGGAAAAGAUUGAUGGUCAUAUUGGAACAGAUGUAACCUUGUCCUUGAAUACAUAUGGAUACGCCCGAAGAUGCACCGUACUGCACAAUAAUAUUCUAUACGAGAUUCAUCCAAAGAUAAAUUUGACACAUGCAAGAUUUGAAGGAACAUCCCGUUGCAGAUUCCAGCUGAUCGGCAUCAACUGGGAGCAUGCUGGCAACUGGACAUUGACAGGUUAUUAUCCAGAAUCAGAAAUAGGAUAUACUGAUGAUAUCUCUGAGACAUUAGUUCCACAUUCUAAUAUUUACGAGAUCACUGCUGUUGAGAGAGUCGCUCUACAGCCAGCUUCAAGGGUCUCCAUAAACUCCGGUUAUGUCACAUUCUACCUUCCCAAGACAUUCGAGGACCCAACAUCUUGUAGGAUCCAAAAUAAUCAGGACGAGGUGAUUGAGCUUUCUGGAACGAAAGCGAAUUCCAGUGAUGGCAUUGAGCUCUACAAAACUUGUGGUGUGAGAAUGCGUUACAAUAAACAACGCGAAGGUUCGUGGACUCUAACCCAGUCAAGAGGGGACUCUCAGGAAAUUGUUGGCUCUUUUUCAAUCGAAGAUGCCACAGAUGACGAAUUUCGGGAGACCCAGCAUCAUCUAUUUUGGAAACGCGGUGCCUCAGAAUCGCUGCACCUAAGUCCUCAUUUGCAUCCAAUAACUUAUUGUGACAUCGUCAGGCCGGACGGUGUUGUCAUUCCAUUGACAGAUAAGCAGUGUAAAUAUGAACUGAAUGUGACCGACAAACAUGCUGGUAUUUGGAAAGGACGAUAUGGAGUUUAUCACAGCAUGAAGCUUCUUGAAGUAGACUACAUCGUUGAAGUAUGGGAUCCUGAAUCUGUCGAGGUGUCUGUAACCACUGAUGGAAACCGAAUCAAUAUGUUAUGCAGAACUGGAGUCGAGUCUCUUAGAAACUGCAUAUUCCAGUCACCAAAUGGAACCAUUUUCUCCCUUCAAGGUGCAAUGGGAGAUGGCCAAUAUGAAUAUUAUGGAAGUGGCUUCUUCUCCACUCGUUAUGACGCAUUACCAAAAAGAGCAGAAUGUGGUCUUGUGAUUCGUGAGCCAUCAUUUAACGACUACGGAGUAUGGAAAUGUUCCAUGAGAAAGAAACCCGAAAAUGCAAUGACAAAAUUGAAGGAUGAAACCAUUCAUGGCCUCAUCGACGUUCCAAAUCCUAAACAAAAGGCUCUCACCGGUGAUAUAGUUUCGUCGCCUGCUGUUUAUGUGAAACGUGGUGAUCCAUUCACGAUUCGUUGCAGUACCAACGCCCCAUUGAACUUCUGCUGGUUGCGAAGUCCCAAUGGCACCAUGUACUCAGUGACUAAAAACGGAAGUGGUAAAAAUCUUUUAAGUUACAAUGGUGAAGGUUUGUCGAUGGGUGUUUGUGGUGCAUUGGUGGAAAAUGCUGACGACAUGGACAAUGGCGAUUGGCGCUGUCAGAUGGGUGUUAUUGGUGCUGCGGAAGUAAAGUCGAUAGUUCCGGUUACGGUCACUGAAUCGGCGCUCAUUCCAAGGUCUGAGAGUAUUUCCGUUCAUCCGGGAAAACCAACAGUCCUCAGUUGCCGUACUUUACCAUCGAGCGAAGCAACGAUCGAUUACUGCCGAUGGGUCCGUCCAAAUGGAGACGGAAUUAAUCGUGAUACUUUGUCACGUUAUGUAUCACAAUAUGAUAACACCACCUGUACAUUGAGGGUCAAUGCUGUCUCUGAUGAUGAUCUUGGGACCUGGAUGUGCUUCGCUCGUCUGACGACAGCCUCAGACCAGGAGGUUUUCAGCAGCAUCAACUUGACCACUGAGAUAGCUGAAUCGGCAUCCGUUGGAAAUACAGCGCUUCAUGUAGUGGCCAUUGUUCUUCUGAUCACUACGCUAAUUUGUACUGCCUUCAUGAUUGUAUCCUUGUAUCGGAAAAGAAAUCGUCGUUCUCCAGCACCAGCUGCGGUCUACGAGGGCGACGAGUAUUCUCAAUAUAAUCAGGCUAAGGUCUUGCCGUACUUCAACAACCUUAAGAACUCCGAGAAGUCUUUCAAACAAUAACUGCAUUAAAAUUGAAAAGUCAAUGGCAGACUGUUGAAAACAAAGUGGAAUUAAGUGAAAGAAAUGGUAACACUUAUUGACUGACUGAACAGUCAACAAACUUUCAAUUUUUUUAGCAGCAGAACAGCAAGAAUUCAUCAACACAUGUGAAUUUGCAAUGAAUCCAGUGACUUUUCAAUGAUCAAAUGAAUAUUGAAGAUGUGGUUCUCCUGAAUUUUUAAUUAAUUAAAAAUUUAACGGAAUCUUCAAUGGGUCCAUAAGUUAUUAGGUCAAGUUUUACCAAUAUUGUGGAUCCUUUUUUCUUGAUCCUCAGGAAACAAUAAAUGUGCAAUCUUCCAGUCGCUGCAUAUUACGCAACAAAAUACAUAUUUUUAAAAAAUUUCUUCCUACAAUGGAAUUUAAUAAUGUAACGUAACAAAAAGAGGACAAAUGAAUAAACUAUUUUAACAAUUUA